GAGGGAGCGUCGAGCGGUCGAGCGGCUCACUUGGUUGGUUGUUUUUGUACCCAGAGUUCCGGAGUUCGAUGGCAAAAUUGACAAAAUGUCGGAUACCGAGGAAUAUCGCCAAAUGGUACUGAGCUUCCGUGUGUCGGAGCUGCAAGUACUCCUCGGAUUUGCGGGCCGGAACAAGUCUGGCAGAAAACAGGAACUGCAGGCUCGAGCCCUCGAGCUGCUUCGUAUGAGGUCCCUACCUAUACAGAUGAAAAUUAGGGAAUUGCAUAGACGUCGAAUCACUGCCACUGGUAUAGUAUCAGCUCCGUCGGUCCCGCGGCCUGUCUCACCAGUUCCAGCUCCCCUCAAACCCCACCAAGGUGGUGCAUCUUCAGGCAGCUAUCCCACGGCUACUGGUGACCGGGGGCCAAUGAUGAUGUCAUCUCACCAUGUGGGAAGCAUCCAUGGUAACAGCGAGUAUCCCACAAAGCUCCACCCUCCGCCCCCAUUGGUGGGUCCUGGCGGGGGUGGCACCACCUACCCAGUGCAUCCAGAUGUACGAUUUAAACCACUCCCAUUCUACGACGUGUUGGCUGAGUUGCACCGGCCUGCCAGCCUCAUGCCCAAUGGGAAUGUCAGAUUCCAGGAGAACAAUUUUGUAUUCCACUUCACGCCUCAACAAGUCCACAACAUAGCCGCAUCGCGGGACUACACCCCGGGGGCCAAACCCGAUUACACAGUUCAGGUCCAGCUCCGAUUCUGCCUCCUGGAGACCAGCUGCGAGCAGGACGACAACUUCCCGCCCAGCAUCUGCGUUAAGGUCAACUCAAAGGUGUGCCCUUUGCCAAACCCCAUACCAACGAACAAACCCGGAGUAGAACCAAAGCGACCCAGCCGCCCGGUCAACAUCGUCGGACUCUGUCGACUCUCCCCCACCACUCCAAACCAAAUAUCUGUCACGUGGGCAUCCGAGUACGGCCGCGUCUACGUCCUUGGGGUCUACCUCGUGAGGAAACUAACGGCGGCCACGCUGCUACAGCGUUUAAAGGCAACAGGUAUCCGCAAUCCGGACCACACAAGAGCAAUGAUCAAGGAGAAGAUGCAGCCAGAGCCGGAUUCAGAGAUUGCAACAACGAGCUUGCGAGGUUCCCUCAUAUGUCCCCUGGGGAAGAUGAAGAUGACAAUACCAUGCAGGGCGAUGACAUGCACGCACCUCCAGUGCUUUGAUGCGUCGCUCUAUUUGCAAAUGAAUGAGAAGAAGCCCACAUGGAUAUGUCCAGUGUGUGACAAGCCAGCGACAUUCAACUCUCUUGUGAUUGAUGGGUUGUUUGCUGAAAUUGGUGGGCGAGCUCCUCCUGAUUGCAAAGAAGUGCAGUUCCAUGAGGAUGGCUCUUGGACACCACUAAUGGCCAAGAAGGAAAGCCACGUUAUCAACAGUCCAAAGUCUAACAGUGCGACAUCAUCGCAGGCACCCGUCUCUGGCUCCUCUAAGCCAGUAGUUGCAACAGCUCCACGGGAACCAUCAUCUCCGCCACGUAGCAAGCGUCCACGUGUGGAAGUGAUCGACCUCACCUUGGACAGCAGUGACGAAGAUGACGAUGCCCCACAGACCCCUUCCCUGCCCCGACCACCUCCCCUCAUGUCGGCAGCUCCCCUCCAGAGGGGUGGAUCCCCUCCCUCUUCUGCUCCCCUCAUCUCCCUCCCAUCUCCCUCGUCAUCAUCCUCUUCAUCAUCUUCAAACUCUUCGAGUUCGUCCAACUCUUCGUUUCCGAGCCUCAUGAGUCCGCCCCUUCCCCCUGCGGCCUGUUCCUCCUCCGUUGUGUCUACGGUUCCGUCGUCUUCGAUGCACUACACAAACCCGCUGGGAUCCCUAGGAUCAAGUGUGUCGAGGCAAGGUGUCACAGUGUCGACUCAGCCUCUAGGCAUGCACAGUUCAGCAAAUUCAGGAAUUUCAACGUCAUCUAUGCCCACAUCAAGUAUGCCUGGUGGCUCUCUCUAUCCGGGCAUGCCAAUGAUGGACCCUAGCAGUUCCCCGUAUUACCCUCCAGUUUCGAGUCCGUUUCCUGAAUACUACUCUUCUUCACAUGCCAUGUACAACUAUCCAAGCUUUGACAUCUACUCUCUGCUUACAAACGAGUCCGAGAGAUCUAUGCCCUCGUAUUCCACAGGACUUGUUAGGAAGGCAUCCGGCUCCACUCCAGACAUAAUCUCUUUGGACUGCGACUGAUGGGCCUGCUGCAUCCAUGUACAUAGGUUGGCAACACUGGAGGCCCAAUGCGGAGGAAAACAGCAGACCACCUCUCGCUUGCAACGGUGUGUGUGUAUGUGUGGGAGAGAUGCGUGCUUGUUUUCUUCACCUAUCUUUUUGUAUUGUUGUAAUUUGUCUGCAUGAAUGGAGAUUGUGAGGUUGCUGCGAACAGCCUUCUGUAAAUAGGUGCGUGCAUCGUUACAAUUUCCGGGUGGGUGUGUGUCGUUCACUGAUGUAAAGCUUUGUACAGAGUAAAGCUUUAUUUUUAUUUUGGCCACACAAUAUAUCUACAGGUUGCUUCACCUAAUGUAAAAAAAAAAAAAAAGAAUUAAAAUAUGUACUUGUGUGAACACUAUGGGAUUAACACUAUUUAUAUCGAUGGAGAUUUCCCAUGACUUCUGUGCACUUUUAUAAAAUUUAAUUUGCAGAAAAUUGAAUUUUACGGAAGCAGAAAGCGUAUGCCAGAUUUACCCAUUCUAUUGCAAAAUACAUUCACUAAUACAAUGGACAAUGGUAAUAACUGCAGAAAAAUUGCGAAAGGGUUCAUUUGGAGGCUCACAAAUUUCCAGCUACACUAAUGUAUUUCACAUUGCGGUGUGGUAAAUACGAUGUGGGCUUCGUUUCUGUAAAGAAAAAAAAAGUAGGCUGACUUGUCAAAUCUCUGAGAUCAAUUCAGAAAAUUGAAUUUCACAUGAAUUAAAUUUGAUAAAAGUACUCAAAAGUAAUGGCAAAAUCUCCCCAGAGAUAAGUAGUGUUGACCCCAUAAUGUUCAGGCAAAUAAAUUUUUGAUACGAUUUUUUUUGGGGGGGGGGGUUAGGUGGAACACCCUGUAUAUGCAGACAGUUUCGAGUGCUGCCUUGUUACUACUCACAAGGGUUGACAGUGUCCUUUGCUUUCUUUUUCAGAGUGUAACAUUAUUAUUAUUGUUUGCUGGUUGCUUCUCACAAGAUUACCUCCAUCUUGUUGCUCUGUAUGUAUUUCCCACUGGCUUCGUUAGCAGCUAGCAAGGCAAUGCUGCAUAUUUGCAAUUGGAUAUGUUCCUCAAUCGUGUCCGGCACCCUACAUGGUCUAAGUUGUGGGCUGAAGUGUUCAGUUAUGCGCUGUUGUAUACCUAUUUAUAGCUUUCCUCCCUUUAAGUUGUUCACCUCACGGACCACACUAGUCGCUGCAACUCAGACUGUGCGCAUGCUGUCGGAAAGGUAUUAUCAUUCUGUACAUUUUUUUUGUCUAUGGUGCCUAGAUGCGAGGUGUGUAUGGUGGCUUCCAGCCGUAAUUUAUUCAGAACAUGUGUUUCUCCUCCGAGAGCAGGUUUGUAGCUGAUGGUACCUCGUAAGGGCACUGCAUAUCUUUCCAGACACUUUUUGUUUCCUUAUUAUUAUUAUUCAUCGUAAUGACAGCGUGCUAUCACAUGGAAACAUCACAAAUGUGCAUUUGUAAAUAUUUUCAUAACCAGACGUGUAGAUAGCUGCAUAGAAGACUCCACUGCAGUAUGAAUGCAUACACUACUUCAUUUUGUGAAUCUUUUGGUUUUAUUUUCAUGCAUAUGGUUAACAGAGGUGUAUCUUGCCAUGGACAAAUAAAACCAUUUGUUACAUAUGAUA